CAGAGCCUGACGUCACGUUCGGCAGCGCCCCCUCUAGCUCGCUAUUCCAGCGAGUUCCUGGCUGCUGCUGCCUCCCGCUUCCGGCAGCUCGGGUGAUGGCGGAUGAAAGUGGUGUUUUGCAGCGGGUCCCACCGGAACUGGACGAUGAGGACGAGGAGGAGGACGCCCCGGGGACUGACAGCGACACCGAGGGGGAGGAUAUAUUCACCGGGGCAGUGAGUAUCCUGGGAGAGGGGGCUCAGCUCAGCCCAUGGCUGGGAGUGCUAGGGGUUAGUUAAUAUUGUUUACUAGUUACAUACAGGGCAGACCACCUGCUGAACAACUACAACACCCACAAUGCUUUGCAACUUUACUUCGAGAGCUGGAGCUCUGCAACAGCUGGGCAGCUCCCUCCAAGUCAUCCAUGGACUGCUGCUCUUAUUAUUAUUAUUAUUAGUAUUAUUAUUAUUAUUAUUAUGGACCUGGGCUAGUAAUAUUUUAUUAUUAUUAUUAUUAUUAUGGACCUGGGCUAGUAAUAUUUAUUAUUGACCUAGGCUAGUAAUAUUUAUUAUUAUUAUUAUUAUUAUUGUUAUUGUUCCUGGACUAGUAAUAUUAUUAUUAUUAUUAUUAUUAUUAUUAUUAACUUGGACUGAUUAUAUUAAUACUUACCUGGACUGUUAUUAUUAUUAUUAUUAUUAUUAUUAUUAUUAUUAUUGGCCUGGAGGGGAUAUGGGGAGAAACUGAUCUGAUAAUACCAGGCAAUUAAACAGUAGUUACAUAGACUGGUCAUUGUUUUAUAUACAUAUAGUGCAUUGUGCUAAUAUUAUAAUCAGUGAAUUCUACUUAAAUUCUGGACCAGUCUAAAUUCAACAAAUUGCCUGGGCAUAGGGGAUUAGGGAGUGAUAGGAAGUCAGAACCUUUAGUAUGUUGGCAGAUGGUGACUUUACUAUAUCACUGUAGAUGUGUGUAUGUGUAAGAUAUAUAUAUAUAUAUAUAUAUAUAUAUAUAUAUAUAUAUAUAUAUAUAUAUAUAUAUAUAUAUAAUUAUCCAGAUAGCACUCCCAGGACUUGGAAUAAGUAUACAACUUAACUUUUCAUUUACUCUACAAAUGAAUCGACGUUUCAGUCUGUUACACAGACUUUCAUCGGAAAUUCUGUGUGUAACAGACUGAAACGUCGAUUCAUUUGUAGAGUAAAUGAAAAGUUAAGUUGUAUACUUAUUCCAAGUCCUGGGAGUGCUAUCUGCAUAAUUUAGCUUUGUAAUUUCGCCUGACAAGCACCGGGCAAGUAUAUUUUGAAUUUCAUGGAGUGCAGGAUUUUUUUUUUCUUUAUAUAUAUAUCUCACUAUAAUAGUUCUGACCUUUUUAAAAAAUGUUUUUAAAGCUUAGAUUAAGUAUUGCAUAUAUUAUAUUGUGAUGAUUUCCAAUGGUUGUUUUGUUAAAUGUAACUUUUGAAAUGACUACUUACAGACUCAGUCAGCAUUUUUUUGGUUAUAUGGUUAGAACUUCCCAUAAACAUUUUGCGUGCAUACGCUAGAACAGGGGUCCUCAAACUCCGGCCCCCCCAGAUGUUGCUGAACUACAACACCCAUGAUUCUUUGAUUUACAUAGCCAGAUAAUCAAAGGAGUUGUAGUUCAGCAACAUCUGGGGAGGCUGGAGUUUGAGGACCCCUGCUCUAGAACAUCCCACCAAGCUUUUCAGAAAUUUACAUAUAGGGCCACCUGUUAGCAAUUAAGACCUGGGGCUGUGAGUGAAGGUGGAGGAAAUAUGAAGUUACGUCACUGUGGUUGAACCAAAGCACUUUCAAAAGUUGUGCAGUGUUAUGAUGUGUGUAUCUGCAGAAACUGAAGAGAGAAACAAAGCCCAAAUAACAAGUGAUGUUUGUUUACACUAGUUUGGCAUCUUUGCUUUUUAAAGCACCUACACGUCAGAAGUGCUUUUGUUCUGUCCCUUGCUACCAAGCUGCAAUGUUUCCUUUCUUUCUCCAAAAUUGCGCUGUGCAAGACGUCAUUUCUUUGCUGGGCAUUGUAUUUCAGGUAUUGGUUUACUACAGUAUAAAGCAGACAAUUGAACUACAAUUCCCUUAAAGCAUGCAAUAUAGAAUAAGCAUAUCAGUUUUAUAGAAAGGUAAAAGGUUACUCCAGGUGUCAUAACCACUACAGCCUGACAUACUGGUUAUAAUGCAAGGAGCACCCUGCUGCUGUUUCCCAUUAUUUAAUUCCCAGCAAUGGAUUUCCUCAUAACUGGGUCCUGCAGGGCACUGAGCCUCUUCUAAUGAAAAAUGAAGCCCUGCAGAAGCCGGAUGCUGGCUGAGAGUUUCAGCAGAGUGCUCUCAUACAAUAAGUGGCCCUCUGUAUAAAGAAUAUACACUGAAUUGAUAUUGGCCAGCCUGGAACACUCCAACAGCAAAAUUGCUAUAUGUGAAGUGUUUCAAUCUGAAACGCUGCACAUUCAGGCACCAUGACAACUUCAAAAUACUGAAGUGGUUAUGGUGCUUGGACUAAUCUUCUAGGCGAGCAUAAUGAUUGUUUCCUGAGGUGUUCCUGGUUUGAUAAGAAUUGAAAGUCUGAGUAUUUGCACCAAAUGCAGGGUCUUCAAAUGUACUGUAAAGUUUUAAUUUAUUGUGUUUGCAUAUAUGUUUAAUGCAUACAAAGCAAUGGAUCGACUCCAGCAUUUAGUCACCUUUUAAUGUAACAUAAAUAUAUUUGUUGGUUUAAGGACAAAUAAACUUUGUAUCUUAUAUCUUGCUUCUUCUGCCUCAUGGCCACAAAGUUGAUUAAAGCGGCUCUAUCACCCACUCUCCCCCAUCUAAAAAGGGUAUUUCACAACACUAAAAUGCUAAAAUUCCAACCAGGUCAAAAUAUAUACUAAGACAAAGUAGGGACUACUUUGCCUUAGUAUUUUUCUUACGCUUGACAAAAGGCAGAGCUACAUUUUGUCAAGCCCUCAACUGUCACCAGUGACGGCUAAGGCUAAAAGGGCUUUUUCUAUGGAGGGUUUGGUGGGAUUCUCUCUAGACCUUAGUGUUAUACUGUUGCGCAUGCGCUAGAGUGUAAUGUGGACAUCGCCUUCGGCAGCUGAAGUGCCAGGAGCUGAAGAAGUCCGGCAGGUAGAAGAUAGCGGUGGCCACGAGGGAUCGAUACUGGUUAAGUGUAACCCACCUAUCCCUGUACGCCUUGGCCACAACACUGCCAGCAGAGAAGUCACUGUUGGUGGUCUUGUAAAUUUUUCAUAGGCCCCAGACAAUGACAAAAACACUUUAAGGAGGUUGGAAACCUUAACUGGCAAAAAUACUAUACAAAGUAACUGAGAAUGAUACAAGGAAAAUGGCUUUAUAAUUUAGUUUGGAGUUUUUUCACUUACUUUUUAGCACUUAGUGUCCCUAAGGUGGAUAACAAUUACUAUAGUUUGCAGCCUAAAUAGUGCAACAAUAUAGUUCUUUGCUGAUUAGCAGUUGAGGAUGUUUUGGUUUGUCUGGAAACUGGAAAUGAACCUGAAAAUUUUGAAAACGGCAAGAAUUUACAAGGUAAAUAUUCCGAGACACAUUUCUUGCACUAUAACCACUGCAAUAAGAUCGAGUUUAUGAAACUUGGUUUAUCCCUUUACAAUUUUAAACCUGGGCUAGAAACGCAGUUGUAAUUAGCUACAUUUCCCCCCCAAAAGGUUAGUUGCUUCCAUUAGAUAUUGGUACUAUGUACUUUACACCACCAGACUGUACAUCAGUCAUGUCUCCUCCCAUCUGCUGUCAAUCUGUUCUCAUCAUACAUGGUUACAUAUUGUAAAGCGCUACGGAAUCUGUUGGCGCUAUAUAAAUGAUAAUAAUACCAACAACAAGACUUCAAAUUUCAAGCCUUACAAUACUUGCCAGUGAACCCUAAAGUGAACCUGUAAUGGAAAAAACUGGCUUGCUUUAAAUUUCUUCCAUAUACAUUGAAUACACCAUAUACCAUAAAUACUUUUUGUGUAUUUAAUGUAAAAUAUAAAGAUUUACUAAAUUUUCCUCCAUUCCAGCUCCACUUCGUGGAUGUUUAUUCUUCGCGUGACACCAGCCUCCUGGCCAUUGUCCGUGUUGCCUUGGCCCCUCCAGAAGUCUUCUUUGAUUUGUCCUGGAUGGGACACAUCCCCAAGCAGGGCUAAUCUCGUUAGUGACAUCGGCACGCUGGCUUCAUUGGCAGCAUGCCAGCGCUGAAACGGUGACGAGACGUCACUCCGUUCCUAUACUUCCGCGCUGGAAUCGCCGGCUAUGGAGUUUCCAUAGCAGCCGUAGCAUAUGCGGGCAUAGCCUGUAUGCAAGGAAUUAAUGGCACGUGAGAGCAAGAGAUAACCCUCCUGUCGACUAUUCUAUUUCUACAAUUUACAGCAGCUACAAUGUAUUUGCUGUUGUUGCUGAAAUUGUUCCCUGACAAACGUGAAGACUAAAAGUGUCGUGCAUUGUCUAUGGAAUAUAGGAACAGAGUGAUGAGUUCAAUGCUUCAUCAUGACAGCUUCAGAUUCUUUGUGUGAUUAAAUGGAGCCUGGGGGUCUUGAAGCAAUGAGCCUGCAAACACAUUUUUGAAGCUACUUCUAUGUUUUGUGUUAAUCAGAAGCAGCGUGUGUAAACCUAUUUUGCAAUUGUGCCUCACUCCAGUGCUUUUGGCUAAAAUGCAGGAAUAUCCUAACAAUAUGUGGUAGGACUGUAAAAUCUGGAUGUUCCUUGAACAUGCCCUAAAUGAAUACAUUUAUGGACUUUCAGUCAAACCCAUUGACAACACGCCACUGGCCUAGCUACUAGCAUGCCAAGAAUAAACAUAGUCAGUAUUGCAUUGUGUCCUUUAUAUACGAUUGUUUUUUUUUUUUUCAAAUGUUUACUUCUUUAUUUUUGCGAUGCUUACAAUACAUAGUAAACCAGAGGUGACAUUGUAUUGGACAUAAGCAGGGUACGGUAUAUUCCGUAACUACAGCAUAUAUUUUUUAUAUUUAAAGUAAAUAACAAGUAUAAACAUAGAUCCAACAGCCUCAACUAAGGGAGCAUGUAUCAGUGGGUACCAUUGGCUAGAAAUACUUCUUACAUUAUAUCGGCUUGUACGGUAUUAGUUUAAGCACACACUGGUCACCAGAGGGAAUUUAGCUAACUGCAAUUGGCUUGGUGUGAGCUUACGGAGCCAGGUUAAGAGAUACUACAUAAUAGAAGAAACUGAUAGAAAUCAACGGGUGAACUAAAAUAAAUCAAAACCAAAUGAUUAUCGAGCGACAUGUGAGAAACUGUAGUACACAGAUGUUAGAUCGGGUUGUUGGUCAAGGUGGUAAAUCUCUUAACUGCUGUUCCUUGUACAAAUGGCGUUAUUCUGUCCACAGACUGUGUAGGGCGAUUCACUGCUGGAACUGAUGCCACCUCCAGCCCUAGGUCCCGUAGCAGAGAGUGCGCUUCUGAUGGGUUGGUAUGCCGUCGUGCUCCCCAUUUGUAGGGUAUUUUAUGCUCUCUGGGGAUUUGUGUGAUCUUUCUGAAAGACUGUCUCCAAACAGUUGUAUAAGUGGACAUAUCUCAGUAGAAGGUGAGUUGGCAUCCUUUGAAGGUUGGGCAAGUGGUUGCCCCCAUUAUUAUUCCCCUGUCUGAGUCCCGCACAAAUUUCAGUAAAAUAUUCCUGGAAGCAUCUGGGCGUGCCUGGUAGACGGAGGCAAUAAUACAAGGUGACCUGUUUUGGUGGCAGUAGCGUAGACAGGAGGCACCUGAUAAAAUGGGGGCAGUUCCUCAGUAUUAACAGCCUCAGAAACCCCUCUCAGCCGGACAUUUCUGGCCCUGGACCUAGCCAUGCGGUUGUUCAGAUCGAUAUUGCUUUUUUGUAAGACGUUGAGGGCCGCAUCCGUGGCCUUCUGUGCCACAUUUGUGGCACUUAGGUUUUCCACCACUGUAAUAAUUCAGCCGAUGAGCGCCGCCAUUUCCUCCCUCAAUACUGCCAUGUCAGCUCACAACAUUGCCCUGAUUUCCUGAGACAGGGCUUUGGUGUCUGCUUUGGUGGAGGGUUCAGAGGGCUAUUGGCACUGUUGUUUUUGAAAACAAGAACAGGGUCUCAGGGAGGCUUUCCUCAUCCAAGGACUACACACAGCAUUUACUAUACACACACACUGCAUUCAUUAUAUACACACAGUACACAAACACACACACUGUAUUAACUAAUCAAAUACUCUAACUUUAUCCACUACACACACACAUAUUCUUGAAAACAUAAAAAAUUCUGACUGGCAUGUAUAUUUUGUGCCUUUACAAAAAAUAAAUAAUAAACAUGUUCAGUUAACAGUAGAUUUGUGUAGAAAUAGUUUAUUUUUUCAAAAUGGUUAAUGUACAGAAUAUCGGUAUCGGUAAGUUAAUCGCCUGAAAGUUCACAGAUUAUUGGGAUCUGCUCUAAAAAAAUCAAUAUUGGUCGAUCCCUAUUACUCAUUCAGUCAUGUGUGCUAUGUAUGCUGGCAUCAGAUCUGAAAGUUGCACAAAACUGAUAUUGCCAUGAAGAGAGUAUACUUGCUGUCUGAUUGACAGUCCAAGAAGGCGGUGCAACAGACAGAAAAAGAGAUAUUUACCUCCUGAAAUGAAACAUUUUGAAAAGAGUCUGCAGGAACAGAAAAUUUGCCUCUUCAGUAUGACAAGGUCAUUAUGGUGGCUAGAAUGAACCUGCAAGAAGUGUGGCGUAUCUUAUAACAGUGAUUCCCAAAGCCGGUCCUCAAGACCCAACAACAGUCCACGUUUUGUCAGUAUCUCCACUGGAAUAGAAAAGGGAAAUAGAAUAUAAUUCUGGACUGUUCCAAAACCACGAGAACCGGUUUGGAAAUCGCUGCCUUGUAUUUUGUUGAAUAAGGUAACACCCAAAAUAUUUUUAUAUUAGGCAGUAAAUGUGGACAAUUUCUUUAGAACAGUUUUUAACAGAAGUGUUCCAGGCAGAUCCCUAAUUUUAGAUCAUUAAUCACAAAGUGCUUUUAUAAGUGAAUGCCAGUACGGCCUAAUGGAUGUGUUUUUUGUAAUUGUGAGUAAAUGUGUAUGUAAAACUAAGCUGUAUAGUGUUGUUGUUCAGAAUUUGGCACACAAUCCUAGAUUAUGAUUGUGGCAUUGUUUAUACACAUGCAUCGAAUGCCUUUAUAAGCUUUACAGGCCCUGUGUCUUCUGCAAAAUGCACAGUUGUUACAGUAUGAAUAACAAACGAGUUAUAUAUGGCCUACACAGAAAGAUUUUCUAUUUGAAACAAAGCAAUGUUGUUCCCUCGGUAGAAAUUUUAUAUUGACCGUACAAGGUGAUAUUGUACUUAUGAAUCACACAAAGGGCAUGUCUAGAGCCUUCACGCAUUCAGAUAGAAGUUAAUAAUGAUGCUUUAAAUAUUCCUGCAAAUAUGGCAUUAUGGCACGUUAUAGAGCAUGCAGUUACGUGUUUACAUUGGUGGGAAGGAGAUUAUAGGAUAAAUUCAGGCUUCCUGAUUGACAGAGCUCACUGCUAAAUCUGUAACCCCAGCAAAUGUAGAAACAUUUUGUCUUUGAAUGAAUUAAAAAGAUGCUUCAGUAAUAAGGAUCACUAACAGCUUGUAGUUUCUCUAUACCCAUAAUUUGGUAGUCAAGUCAUUAUAACUUUGUCCUUAGAACGGACUUGGGUGAAGUACACAAAACAAUUCUUCAUGGGAUGUUUAUAAAAAAAAAAAAAAAUAUAUAUAUAUAUAUAUAUUUAAUACAAUGCUAAACAAAAAUCUGCACACCAGUCAAGCCAUAAGACUUGCUUUUCCCACAGAAAUCCCAAAUCAGCAGUGAUGUUACAACCGCAAAGGAUUCUGGGUGGGCAUAUGCAAAUUAGUUUAACAAAGAAUCACAUUUUUGCCUCAUUCCAUUUUAAACAUGGAUUCCUUUUAAUUUGUGUUUGCAGUAUACAACUGCUUGGAACACAAUUUAGGAUAAGAUGCAAAACCAGUGAACCACUCAUGGACAGCUGUUUCGUUGUUAAUGCAACUCUUCAGCAUGAGGUUGGUUACUGGUUCGCUUAUGGAGGCUUGGUAGUGCUUGUGAAGCAAGAUCCAAAUAGAUUAUGGUGGGGAAAAAUUGUGAUUGAAAACCCCUUCCAUGGAAUGAGGCAAAAAUGUGAUUCUUUGUUAAACUAAUUUGCAUAUGCCCACCCAGAAUCCUUUGCGUUUGUAACAUCACUGCUGAUUUGGGAUUUCUGUGGGAAAAGCAAGUCUUAUGGCUUGACUGGUGUGCAGAUUUUUGUUUAGCAUUGUAUUAACUAUCCACAUACUUCAGGUGGAAGGGGUUUUCAAUCACAAUUUUUCCCCACCAUAAUCUAUUUGGAUCUUGAGAUAGAGAGAGAGAGAUAUAUAUAUAUAUAUAUAUAUAUAUAUAUAUAUAUAUAUAUAUAUAUAUAUAUAUAUAUAUAUAUAUAUAUAUAUAUAUAUAUAAUGUUUUCCCCCAUCCUUUAAUCACAAUGAUAACUGGCUACACCCAUCUGAGAGUAAUUUAUAGUUUUCUGCAGUGCUGACCCCAGCAGCCCUGUGCUGCACAUGACUUGCAAAUGUUUCCAAAUGGAAUUUAUAUGAAUGCAAAGCAAUAAGCCAGGAGGAUUCGAGUUGUUUUCGGAUUUGGCAUGCAUGUUAAAAGAUGCGUAUUUAGCAAUAUAGAGUGCGUUGUCAGCAACUAGACAGAGCUUUGGAAUGGUUCUGUGUAAUAUGAUGCAUGUAUUUUUCAUUACACACUGUAAAUGGAAUGUAGAUUCUCCCCUUCUAGCAGGUUAUUGGCCAGUUUAUUCCAGGUUUAGGGGAAAUUCAUUUUUUUUACUGAUUGGAGGUUUACAUGAAAAAUGAUUUAUGUAAAAUAGAUGAAUUUAAGGGAUCCUGUCACAUUGUUGACCUUUAGCUAGUAUCAAGCUAUGCAAAAACCCAGGAACUGAUCUUUCCUCUUUAAGGCUGAGUGUGGCUUUUGAUAAAAUGCCAGCACAGAGACGAGAGUGCUUUUGUCUGUUUCACGUGCUAGGAUAGAAUCCAUUUAUAACUUGUUUUAGAAACAUUGUCCUUUUACACUGCUAAAGCCCAAACUUGUCCAGACUUUUUUAUUUUUAUUUACUUUUCUUUGAGAAGUAUUAACCCAUUCACUAUCAAAUACUUUUUGUUGAAAAAAAAUAGCAUAACAAUUACUUCAUACAAGUGAUGCAAAACUAGCAAACAAAACCCCAUACUAAAAUAGCAAUUUUGUGUAUAGAUGGCUUUUCAAACUCAAAGGAACACUCCAAACACCAUAACCACUACAGUGCACCCUGGCAUUCCUUCACUAUAAGUAGGCAAAACAUUUGGUGUAAUGGUUCGACGCUCCCUUUCUUUCAGCAUCUGAAGAUCUCUUCACUAAGCUAAACGCGGCUGUGCAGAGCUCAGCUCAUUGGCUGAGAGCAAUCGGCUGACAGUCAAUGCAUGGCUUAGCUGAGGAGCGCUAAUGGAAGCUCUUAGCAGGUAAUAAGUCAAAGCCUUUAUUUCAUACCAUUUUAAGGCUGUUCUGUCUACUAUACUAUAGAUCUGUACACAAGGUUGAUCAAACUUUUCUAAACCAGUUGCUUCUGUAUAUCAUUUUGAGUGCACUGGAUGCAUCUACUUCAUGGCUCGUACAAGUCACAUGAUUCUAGGUAUGUUGACAAUAUACUAUUGCUUUGCAUGUGCACUUGGCAAUGAUUACUGAUGUGAUCACAGUGUGCAUGGACAGGCUAUAGACACCAGAACAACUACAUUAACCUGUAGUGGUUCUGGUGACGAUAGUGUCCCUUUAAGAAUUGUAUUUUUGUAGUUGAAAAUUGUUUUGUUAGUUAAAAAAAAAAACCUCUCAUAUAAUUUUUUUAACUGGCUCUGUGUUGUACUCAGAUUCAUAAACAAUAUUACAAGACUGAAGUCAAUGGAGGAGACUGCGGGGCCUCCAUAGAUGACUUCUCGCAGUGACCAUGCGUGAAUGCCACAAGCGUCACAUUAGAUUGGCAAAAAGUGUUGGCAUUUCAAUGACGGCAUCAGGAUUUCAUAAAGAUUGUAUCUUAAUGAAAUUCUGCAAAAUGACAGAUACUUUUUUUUUUUAAUGUGCUUUUUAUUUUUCGGUUGAUUUAAAAAAAAAAAAAAAAAAAAUGUUUUACCAAAUUAUAAACAAGCCUGGUAAUAGAUGUGGCAGUAGAUAGUGAAUAAUACAUUUCUAGCAACCUAUUUCUAUAUCCCUACUUUAUACCCUUUGUGUCACUAUACCCCACUCCCUCUAGCAUGUAAGCUCAUUGAGCAGGGCCCUCAACCCCUCUGUUCCUGUCUGUCCAUUUGUCUGGUUACAAUUGCAUGUCUGUUAGUCCACUCAUUGUACAGCGCUACAGAACCUGAUGGCGGAAUAUAAAUAACAAAAUAAUAAAGGAAGAGCUGUCUUGUUUAACAAAAUGAUGUGCAUUUUAUUAAAGGGACACGCCACUGCCCAAAUCCAACAUAAAAAUCACUGUUUUGUAGAUAUACCCAUCGAAAGACAGUUUCAGACAACUACAAUUUACUCUCACAUGGACCCAGGCUACCGAACUUGAGGUGACCCCUGAAGGUGACAGAGCUGCUUUAAUGUAAAUGUGGACCCAGGACAUACUUGAAAAUGAGAGAACUCUCAAUGUAUCUUUCCUGGUAAAAUAGUUUAUAAAUAAAUAAAUUAAAAUAAUGUAAAUCUACAAAAUAGUUGUAUAUAACUCUUAAUUGUAAAGCAGUAAAAGGGGCUUGUUAGACCUUUAGUUAGUUACUGUACCAGGUAUUGCCAAGAAUUCACCAGGCAGCUGCAUAUUUUGUCCAAGCUAGCCGUACUAGAAAAAGUAGCAGUAGGAGGAGGGGUAGAAUUAUUCUAACUUGUAUAUUAAGACCUAAAACUUACAAUUCCAUGGUCAUUUCCUGACAAGGUCUGGUAUCAUGAAUAACCCUGUCUCUUUUCAAAAGUUUUCCCACUCUAUGUGCUUCGCUGUUUCACUUGCACUACCUUCCAGCGUUUUCUCAGCAUUUGUCUCCCCAUCUACCACCACAGUUGUCCCUGUAUGACUUUUUUCACAUUUGUGUUGACAAUGCUGUCUAGUUAUGCGGCAAACUACAUCUAUAGAGUGUGAUUUAACAGGCUGCCCUUGCAAGGCUCCUGCGCAGCAUUGAAAUCAUUGUAUCUCGGCAACAGCAUUUUACUGCCACCAGAUAUAUGAAGAGAACAUUACUGCACGGCUCACAGAUAGACAGGGAGUGACUGAUGGAGAAUCUUAGCUCUCUGUGACUAUCGUAAUAUGUAUAUCCCUUUCUGGACACAACUUCAGAAAAAAAAGGCUAUCAUGACGGACAAUUUUCAUCAUGUGUCCUUCUGGGAUAUUGUUCUGGUUCAAGUCAUCAUUAUAACAACUAACCUUUUGUUUAAACCAUGGGUCGUCAACCUGGUCCCUACCGCCCACUAGUGGGCGUUUCAGGAUUCCAGGUGGGAGGUAGGGAUUUUCUAAUUUUGAGAGGGCCGCAUAUGGAGGGUUCCAUCGGGUGGCCCAUGCUGUCAGGGCCACCCGAAGGAUGUGGCCCGGUCAGUGCUGGGCGCUUUAACAGCGCGACCGGGCCCCCUGUGAUUACAUCACCGAGCUGGGAGGAAGUGACUGCACGUCACUCCUCCCAGCUAACACUGAGAGCUGCGUGGGAGGAAAACCAGGGAGUCAGAGUGGUAACACUGACUCCCAUCCACUUGAGCCACCACUGGACCCCAGGGACAGUCACCCUGCACCUUAAAGGUAGGAAACAGGAGGGUGACUAAAAUAUUUUGUUUGUUUGUGUAUGUCUUUGUAUGUGUCUGUGUGUGUGUGUCUGUAUGUGUGUGUCUGUCUGCAUGUGUGUCUUUUCUUUGUAUGUAUGUGUUGUGUGUGUAUGUAUCUUGUGUCUGUGCCUUUGUAUGUAUGUCUUAUGUGUGUCUGUAUGCAUGUCUGUGUGUGUCUGUAUGCAUGUAUAUGUAUGUAUGUGUGUGUGUGUGUCUGUAUAUGUAUGUGUGCCUGUCUGUUAUAGUGGGCUAUAGUAAGUUAUAGUAAGUGGGAUACCUAGCUCAGCCUUCCUACUGGGCAUUGCUAUAAGGAAGGUUAAAAAAAAAAAAAAUUAAAAAAGGGGGGGAAAAAAAGGUGGGGAGGGGAAUUGAGGAGGGAGAGGAGGGGAGCUGACGCACAAAUGAGAAAUCAUAUUAUGCGCAAAUAGAGAAGUCAUCUGAAUAUCACCGAAAGAGGAGACCUUUGUUUGUUCCUUACGAAAGUCGAACCAGAUAUCAAAUAUUUAGUCUUGCAGCAUCAACCUCAAGGAUCUCAUUAAUCACUAGUUAAGGUAAUUUCAAUUUACUUUAUUGUUUUCUCAUUAAACUUUAUAAAGUUAAAAACAUUAUAAACAUGCAUUAAGUAGAAAUAAAAAGAUAAAUGUACGUACAUUUAUUUUUUUUUAAAACGCCCUCCUUUCUAAAAAAUAUUCUGCACUUGCGUGAAAACUGGUGGGCGGUAAGGAAAUUUUUUCAACCAAAAAAAUGCAUUAGUGGGCGGUAGGUAGAAAAAGGUUGACUACCACUGGUUUAAACCAUUGCAUUACCUAUGCCCCAAAGUAUAAAAACCAAAUUCAUUCAGAGUCAUUCAGUUUGGCCGCGUUACUCGAACUUUGCUAUAUGGCUGCUAAUAUGGGCGUUUAGUAAAUAACCCUCUGUUAUGCAUAUUGGGUAAUACAUAACUGUACAGCUCAAUAUUACAUACAGAAAUAGACCUAAAAUAUGACAACCUGCUUUGUAUUUAUAUUCCUUGCGGCUCUAAAUUGUCAGAAUUAAUUGUAGCUUACAUUUGUGUUGUAGUAAAUAUUAUUGCUUGCACUUGUUAGCUCUUCACGGGGCCCUUCCCUUGUCCUGUAAAACCGGUAUAACGGACUGCUUGAAUGUUGGCAGGUUCUCAGAGCAAAGUCCUGGAACUCUGCUGGUUAGAUCCUGUCAUCUCAAUGUUUUUUUACUUUGUGAUAUUUUGCAUUGUCAAGAUUCUGUCUUCUGCCACUAGCUGUUUUUCUCUCUUCCCCUUUGACACCAUUUUAUUAUUUUCUUAUAGGGCAGAAGCAUAACUACCACACAGACCAAGGAGUCUCCUCCAGAACCCUCCAGGGAAAAUGGCCUGCUUUCAGAAGAAGAUGAACAGGAUCUGUUUGCUGGUAGGUGGGGAAAAUAAUGGUGAAGAUAUGUGCUUCAACAAAGAUAGAGCGUAAUGCAGUAAAAGCUUUCACAAGGUAUUAAAGAGGAAAGUUAUUCCAAACACAAGUAAUGAGACUACACCAAACACAACCGGUUUAAAGAACGCAAUUCAUUCAUUAAUUCACUGGCACCUGUGAUUUGAUCUCCGACAUUAUCAAAUUACUCUAAAAUCUACUGAUUGAGAAUUCUGGUUGUAUGAGUCACUUCCUAGUCUGCACAGAGUUUACCACACAGUCUGUAAAAGUGAAAAAGAAAAGGUGGUAGACCGCGCCAAAAGAAUAAGUAAUCAGAUAAUCAUAAAUGUACAUACAUGUAGUUCUUGAAUUUUACAGCAUAUGGGAACCUCAAAAAAGAACAAUAAACAAUAAUAGUGCAAUAUGCAAAAGUACUUUAGUAAUGUAUAAAUAGGAUACACUGUGGGUAAAGAGCAAACUCACACUUUACCGAGCUGCUAGGAGCUCUGCCGUAUAACGUCUGGACGGUACAAUCCCCGUCUUAGGAUAUGUAGUUCUUGAAUGUUACAGCAUAUGGAAACCUCAAAGAAAACAAUAAACAAUAAUAGUGCAGUAUGAAAAGGUAUUGUAAUAAUGUAUAAAUAAGAUACACUGUGAGUAAAGAGCAAACUCACACUUUACCGAGCUGCUAGGAGCUCUGCCGUAUAACGCCUGGACGGUACAAUCCCCGUCUUAGGAUCUGAAUAUACCAGGAGGUCCAAAUUCAACGGUCAUAUAUAUAUGAAAAAAACAAAAUAUACAGACCAAUGGUACAAUAUCAUAAACUGGAAAUAAUAUAGAAAAAAGUAGGUAUCCUACUUACAGUAUCCAGAGCAAUGACUUGCUCUGGUGAUGACAGCUUAUGGUGGUAUAAUCCCCACCACAGGAUAUAACAGGAAAGCAGCAGCACCAGAAGAUAUGCAAAAGCCAAGGGAUUUGAAAAAAGGCAAUGAAAUUUAUUAUUAAAAAGAUAUAUUUUAAAAUAUAUAUGGGUAAAAGUAUAUAAAAAACAUAUAUAGUAACUUCAAAUCCUAUCCUUGACGCGUUUCGCCCGGGUUUGGGCUUUUUCAAAAGAGGUCUUUACAGUCUGUAAAGCCUUGAAGAGGAAAUUCAAUAUUUUACUGAAAUCAUACUCCGAUAUUGCAGUCAAAUACUUAGAUGAAUCAAAUGCAUUCAGUAUCUGGUGUUCCUGUUGUUCCACAUCACUGAUCACUGCUCUAAAAAGUUAGGUGCCUGCUGGGACUGUUUCUCUUUUCCAAAAAGGUGUUUAAUCUCCGUUAAUAAGCACGUUAAAGGAACACUCCAACCACCAUAACCACUAUAGCGCAUUAUAGUGGUUAUGGUGCCAGGAGCAGUCAAAGCAUAGUCUUGGAACCAUAUCCACUACAGCACACUGUAGUGGUCAUGGUGCUUUGAUUGUUCCUGUAAUUUUGAAUGAAAUAUAUAGGUUUCUUGAAAUUAUUAAAGGGAUUUUAUCUUCCUUAUAAUGUAAAACAAUAUAUAAACCUUUGAAUAAGAUGAUGAUUUGGAUCAUUAGCCAUUAGUUUAGUAGCUUACUGGGAGUUUAGGUGGGCGUGGAAAGCUUCUCUGCUGGUUUCUUUGGUUUUGCUACUAUUUUAUGUCAUUACAUCCUGUGUCAACGUUGGUAGCUCACUUGGAAAUGGCAGAGCUGAUCUUUUAUUCCUUACUAAUAUUGCGGGAAUAGAAUUAUUGCUAUCAUGUGGGGGAAUGUCAUGCAUGACUGGGUUCCAUAUGGGUAUUACUGGGUUCCAUAUAGGUAUCCACUUAUGGACAUGGCCGGAAAAGUUGGGAUCAUGGAUAUAAUUGUGAAGGUAGGGAGCAGGGAUAUGACUUGGAGGGGGAGGGGCGUGACUCUGGGUGGGAGGGUGUGGUUCUGAGAUGCGGCCAGGGACAUUGCCCUGAAAACACGGCAGCAACAUGGCUUGGUUUAUUGAGCCUGGGAUAUCAUUUAAAAGGUGAAUAAUAAUAUGGCUGCUAAAGGAGGAAUAAUUAAUUGGAAUGAUGUAGGGAUGUGAAUGGUGGACAGAGAGAUAGAGGUUGGGGUGUGGGAGCAUAGCUGAGGACAAUCACUUUAUGGCUUGGAUGAUGGACAUGUUUGCUGAGGGAGGGCUAUUAACAUGAUUAUGAAGCUAGGCAGGAGCUUUUUUUUUUUUAGGAAGUGACUUUUAUACCCAUGGGGCUUGUGGAGGUGUGGCUUGAAGCCAUGCUCCCAAGCUUUCUAAUUAGUUUAAUGUAAAUUGGGACCACUAAGAAUGGGAGAACUGUAGGCACCAUAACCACUUAAUUUAGAUGAAGUUGUAAUAGUGAGUACAGUGUUCACUUUUUUGCUCUUAUACAAAAACGCCCUCCCUCAACCAGAGAAGUAUGCUCUCUCCAGCUGCAUCUAACACUUGUAACCUACAGUCCUUCAGCGACCCUUUACAUUCCAUUCUAAAUUGCUAAAAGAUAAAAAAAAAAAAAAAAAACUGGGUCAAAAGGCAGCAGUGUUUGUUCUUUAAUGUGUACCAUUAUUACAAUUUGCAGGACGUAAUUGAAAACCAGAGAAUCUUAAUAUUUAAUGCACUUUAUACUUUUAUUUAAAAAAAAUAAAUAAAUAAAAAUAAUAUUAACUUUCAAGCUUUAACCAUCCUUAUUCUAUCCGGUCUUACAGAUUCCACAGUCAAGCUGGCAGUGGACAGUUCUCAAAAUAACCAAAAAGAGGAGGCAAAAAAGGGACCACUGACUACACCUAUGCUCAUAGCAGCUUGCGCCCCCUCCAAAGCAAAGCACAAGUCUUACGAAGAGGUAAUGAGAGUACAGGAGAACAGUGGGCUAUGGAAGCUGUGCAAGUCGCCUCUUGGGCUUAAAGGCUAAACCGUUAUUUCUAACAGUACAUUUAUCGUGGGUUUCCCUAUAAAUUUUCUUCUGAUCUGAUGAGUCAAAUGAUUUGUUUAUACAAUGAUUGUAAUGUUGUAGUGUUGUUUGAGAUACAGAUGGCCAUCCAUAGCAUUCCUUUUAUAUGUAAAAUAUUUUUUUUUAUGUCCUCAGCUUGAAGAAGAAGAACAGGAGGAUCAAUUUGAGCUGAUUGUCAGCAUUCGAGAUCCAGAGAAAAUCGGUUAGUAGGUGACUGCAUUUUCCACCUACAGUGGGGCUAAUACAGUGGGGCUAAUUUAUAUUUACUCUGUUAUUAACUACAUGUGUGCACUUCUGGGAAUUACAUUUAGCCGGAGCAAUUAGGAAGCAUUGUUCACCCCCAUAUUAAAAGAGACCUAUCAUGCCACAAACAACUUAUGCUCAUUGAUUUGAGCAUAAGAUUCUAGCUAUACAUUGUAAUAGCAAAUGUAUAGGUUAGGUGAAAAACCUAUCUAAAAAAUAGUUUUCUCCCAGUUGUCAAUCAAUGCCUUGGUGUGCUGAGGCAUUGACUGACAAGGGAAAGCAGGAAAUCCUCAAGCAGGAGGCUACUCUGCUCUUCAACCAUAACAACCACAGAACAUGUGCGAGCACAAGAGUAUAGGAACGGAGUGUAACACCUCCAAAGUGAUGCUGGAAUAAGGGAAAAGUGAGUGACUCUCUAUAUUUGACAUUGAAUACACCAUGUAUCUUUGUGAUAUACACUGUAUUUAAUUUACAUGGGAGCAAUUUCCGUUAAGUUAAAUUUUUCAUUACCAAUUCACUUUAAAUCUGCCUCAAUAUACUUUGUUCAGUAUAGUUGCACCAAGUGGAAAUGUUUGUGUAAUACAGUUUUGUUGAAUCAGUUGUUAAUUUUUUUAGCAAUAUUUGAGCAGUUAAGCAAUUUGAGCAUCCGACACCUAGCAAAAUAAGGAAUUACAAUCCCCAGACAUCAGCAGUGGGAAAACUCCUCUGCUAAAUGAGCAGAAUAUGUAUGUCUGUUAAUAAGGCAGUUUAAUAAUAACCCAUUGUACCCUCUGAUUCUAGUCCUUGAACCACUUCACAGACAGCCUAUAUAUGGAUGUCUGUUUAUAUGGAUAAAGUCUUCUCAGUGUUCUCCUUGAGGUAGCAAUGCAUAGCAGGUUCCCUGGCCCACUGCUCUGAAAAUCUUGGCAUUCUAGUUAAUUGAUAGGUGACGACUAUAAGAUGAGUUGCCUGCAAUUUCUCUUCUUACAGGGGAUGGCAUGAAUGCGUACAUGGCUUACCAAGUAACAACCCAGGUAAGUAGACAGAAAAUACCUGUUCCACUUUCUACCAAUCACUUACCAUAUGUCUCCCCCCAAAGAGGACAGAAAACGUCCACGUACACAUUAAUAUGUAAACACCAAGUGUAUUUCUUCAAUUGGAAUUUAAGAUAAUCAGUCAUGAUUAACAGUUAUCAGUGAUAUUGACGAGUGACAAUCUGAUCACCCGACCAAUAAUAACACCAAGUCAACUAUGUACUACUAAACUGUCCUAGUCUACCAUUCAUUGUUAAAUUCAUUGACAUUAUCGUUAUUGUUCUAUGUCAGUGCUUACAUUCUUUAAAAUAUAAGGGAUAAUCUUCCAUCUCCUCUUAGCCAAUUUCUUUUUAGAACUUGAACUUGAUGGCGUUUUUGCAGUUUUUCUUUUUGUCGUGAAAUAUGGUUUGGGAUUUUCUUAACCUGGUAUGUCAUUGCUGUAGAGGUAAAGACUACAAAUAUGGCGUGUACAGACAGGAAUUGAAAGCCUCUGUACAUGCCAAUGGGGGUGGGCAGCUAUGUGUGCUACUGCACUGCGCACUUCCUGGUUAAAUACUGUAUUUAUUGUCCUCCUCACAUAUUUCAGUUUCUAUCUCUAGGGUGAGGCCCUGUUCCCUAGUUUACCUCCACAACAAUCAACUAAUUGAUAUACUCUAUACAAGUAUCAUUAUUCCAAGUACUAUGCUACUAGCCUCUGAGCCGCUCCUUCUGCUCUGGAAACUCUGUGAAUGGACAGAGCACACAGAAACCCUCCUGCAAGACAACUUCUGAUUGUUUCAUGAUGGUGCAUUUAAGACACCAAUAUCUUAAUAACUUUGCUGUAAUUAAAGCUUUCUAUAUGUUAGGUAUGCCUACAAAUAUACAUGUGUGAGGAGGAGAGAAUUACUUACUGGUGAGCUCUCCCCCCAUAUAAAUUUGGCAACCUGUGUGGGAGUCGUGCAGCAUUUCAUGUUCUCCAAACGUGGUGCGUUAGUUGGUUUAGGGCUGGUGCCUGAUGGAUAGAUUUGUUUAAUCUGUAAAGCACUUUAAUCUAUCACUAGUCGACUAUAUUGUUUAAGGCAAUUUUUUAGAAAUGUAUUUAUUUACUUUUUUAGCUACAGAUGUACAGUCAGUUUUAAUAAGUGACUGCUUCCAAAUGGCACUGAAGAUCUACACAAGUGUUUUAUGUUUUUUGUUUAAAGCAAAAUGUACAAGUAGUCUGUCAGUGGUAGCAGACAAUCAUGGUAAUACCUUUUAUUCCAGACCAACUUGCCUAUGUUCAGGAGUAAACAUUUCACUGUGAAAAGACGGUUCAGUGACUUCCUGGGCCUGUAUGAAAAGCUUUCUGAGAAGCACUCACAGAACGGGCUGAUUAUCGCGCCACCCCCAGAGAAAAGCCUGAUCGGUAAUUAAUGUGUAAUUUGUCUUGAGGUCAUUCAUUGUGUUUUUGGAAACAUCCAUCACGUGACUUCUGCAGCAAGCCGUGUGUGUUACAGCACUCGCCUUACUGUAAAGUCCUCCUGAGUAUUUACACAAAACCAUAGCUUUGUUUCAGAUCUCUGUUUGAAAGCAAAAUGUCAUGUAAUAAGCCAGCAUGAGAAUCUACUGCCUUAAAAUGUCUGUAUUAUAUGGCUGUAAUUUGUACGCUUUGAUUCUGCAGAGCAGCUCUAUUGAUCCGUAUUGAACACAAUGUUAAUCUAAUGAGGACUAUCUGCUUACAUUUUAACGUGUAAUUUUAUUAUUUUUUUAAUUUAAUUUAGUGUUUUUCUCAGCAUGCGGUCAGAAUAUUUUUUGGGGUUUUUUUGUCUGUGGAAGGAGUUUGAGACACUAAAUUACACGUGGGUGCUUGUUACACCUGCUUGGUCUGUAUAUUAUCGUGCUUGGUAAUCAUCAAAAGUGCACAAAAUGUCUGUAAUUCCUGUACUAAUGCAUUGCUUUGUUUGGGUUUUUUUUUUUGCAUGACAGAAGUAAUGUAUCUUUUAUAAAAAUAAAAAGCUCUUACACCUUAGCUCCACUCCUGUUUCUCUUUUCUCCACAAGACAAUAACAGGGAAAAAAAAUCCUGUGCAAAACGUUGUGAGGGAAUAAGGAAUAUUCCCAUGGAAUAUGUCAUUUUGUCAUUUACACAAACCAUUUGUGUCUUUGGGAUGCAUUUGGUAUAAUUGCCAGCAUAUAUGUGGAUGGAUGAAAACAUGUAUUUUGCACAGAAAUCUGUCAAUGGGUGUAAUAAUUACAGUCCACCAGCCUGCGCAACGUAUCUUAUUUUGUGAUGUAUGUUAUGUGAGAUGCCUUUGUUAUUUAGUCUGUGCCAAUCACAUGGCAAUAAGGAUAAAAUAGAACUAUUUUACUGAAAUGUAAUCUGUAAGUUUACCUGGAAUUUUAGGAAUCCUGUUGCAUUCCAUCAGAAAAAUGGUUCCAUGUUCUUAGCACGCCAGGUGUAAUGUAAUCACCCAGACAUUUGUGUCUUAAUGUGUUUUGUCAGGUAUGACCAAAGUGAAAGUUGGGAAGGAGGACUCCUCUUCAUCUGAAUUUCUGGAACGUAGACGGGCAGCUUUGGAGAGGUAAAUCAUUGUUACACAACAAAGGGAUAGGUGCAGGUUGAAGUAUUCAGGCAAUUAAUGGGGAGAUCUUUGUUUCUGGCAUCCAGUUUAUUCAGCAAUAAGUGGAUGGCAGGAUCCAAUACCAUGGUCUGCCAUGUUACUUGUGCAUAAUAUUACUUGGCUUAUUCAUGUGAUCAAAUGUACCAUAAUAUAAUAAUGUAAGACGUACCCAUAUAUUUUAUUUAAAAAUGUAGUAAAGAAAAUAUAAAUAAAAUAGUGUUGUAUUUAUUAUUACUUUAAUUGUGGCAAAAUUCCACUUAUAUGUAUAGGAAGUUUAGCAUUUGUGUGUAGAGGAUAUGGGAUGGGGGGAGUGAAAGGAAAGCCGUUUUUUUUAAAUAUAUUUUAUCUUGUUUUUUCAAUGUUCUAUUUUGGUUUAUUCCCUCUUCCCCCAUGCUUCUUACCUUGGACCAGGAAGGGAGGACACAGCGAUCCUUGGUCUGGUGGUGAGGGACUGUGGCCUGGACUUCUGCCAGGUGCAGACUGCGUUUACUCUUUUUGUAAACCCUGGAUGGCCGGGGCUUACAGGAGGAAUAGUUUAAUUCUGUUCCCGGUGGAGGUGCUGUCACGGCUGCUAGUGUGGUCCAACACACAGAAACUAUGUAAACAUAUACAUAGGAAAGGAAAUAAAAGGACAGAGCGUAAACGGGACCUUAGAAUGGCCAGACUAAUACGCUAGAGAUAGAGAAUGGUCAAAGGGAAAGCCGAGGUCGCGGAAGCCAGAAAUACUCAGAUACCAUUUAAACAAGCCAAGUCAGGGGAACCAGAAUUUGGAAUAACCAGGGAAAAGCCAAGAUCAGGAUACCAGGAAGUAUUAUUACAUAGUUACAUAGAGACUUGCGUCCAUCAAGUUCAGCCUACCUCACAUUUGUUUUUUGCUGUUGAUCCAAAAGAAGGCAAAAAACCCAGUUUGAAGCACAAUUUUGCAACAAGCUAGGAAAAAAAUUCCUUCUUGACCCCAGAAUGGCAGUCAGAUUUAUCCUUGGAUCAAGCAGUUAUUACCCUACAUUGAAAGAUUAUAUCCUUGAAUAUUCUGUUCUUGCAAGUAUGCAUCUAGUAGCCGUUUGAACAUCUGUAUGGACUCUGAUAAAACCACUUCUUCAGGCAGAGUAUUCCACAUCCUGAUUGUUCUUACAGUAAAAAAACCUUUCCUUUGCCUUAGACGAAAUCUUCUUUCUUCCAGUCUAAACGCAUGGCCACGUGUCCUAUGUAAAGUCCGGUUUGUGAAUAGAUUUCCACACAAUGGUUUGUAUUUGCCCCGAAUAUAUUUGCAUAAUGUUAUCAUAUUCCCCUCUCAGGCGACGUUUUUCUAAACUAAAUAGGUUUAAAUUUGUUAACCUUUCUUCAUAGCCGAUAUGUUCCAUUCCUUUUAUUAAGUUUGUAGCCCGCCUCUGCACUUUUUCUAGUGCCAUAAUAUCCUUCUUUAGAAUAGGUGCCCAAAAUUGCACAGCAUAUUCAAUAUGGGGUCUUACCAGUGAUUUAUAAAGAGGCAAAAUUAUAUUCUUGUCCCGAGAAUGAAUGCCCUUUUUCAUGCAUGACAAUACCUUACUGGCCUUGGCCACUGCUGAUUGACAUUGCACAUUGUUGCAUAGUUUGUUGUCUAUAACAAUUCCCAAGUCCUUUUCAUGUGUUGUUAUCCCUAAUUCGCUUCCAUUAAGGGUAUACGUUGCUUGUGUAUUCUUUACGCCGAAGUGCAUAACUUUGCAUUUUUCAACAUUAAAUUUCAUCUGCCAUUUGAGUGCCCAGUCCCCCAGUCUAUCUAAAUCCCUCUGCAGCAAAGUAAUAUCUUGCUCACAUUGUAUUAUUUUACAAAGUUUUGUGUCAUCUGCAAACACUGAAACAUGACUUUCAAUGCUGUCUUCAAGAUCAUUUAUAAACAUGUUAAAUAGAAGAGGUCCCAGAACAGACCCCUGAGGGACACCACUUGCCACCUCUGUCCAGCUUGAAAAUUUACCAUUAAUGACAACUCUUUGUACUCUGUUUUUAAGCCAAUGUUCUACCCAAGAACAAGCAUUUUCAUCUAGACCGAUUUCCUUGAGUUUGAACACUAAUCUAUUGUGUGGAACUGUAUCAAAUGCCUUGGCAAAAUCCAAAUAGAUCACAUCCACGGCAACACCCUGAUCUAUACUUCUACUUACUUCUUCGUAGAACGCAAUCAAGUUAGUUUGACAUGACCUGUGCUUCAUAAAACCAUGCUGAUUUUUGCUGAUAACCAUGUUCUUCUCAAGGAAUUCUUGAAUAUUAUCCCUUAAUAACCUUUCAAAUAUUUUACCAGCCACAGAAGUUAAGCUCACAGGUCUAUAAUUUCCAGGCAAGGAUUUUGAACCCUUUUUGAAUAUAGGAACCACAUCUGCCUUCCUCCAAUCCUCCGGAACACUUCCUGAAAGAAAAGAAUCUUGAAAGAUUAAAAACAGAGGUUCACUUAUUUCUGCACUUAGUUCCUUAAGUACACGUGGAUGGAUACCGUCAGGCCCUGGAGCUUUGUUUAUAUUAACUUUCUUUAGUUGCUGCAGCACCUUGUCUUGAGUUAACCAAUUACAAUUAUUCUGCAAGUUUUUAGAAGCAAUCAUUUGCGCAUCUAUUGCCAUGGGUUCUUCCUUAAUAUAUACCACGACAGGGCAAGGUACUGCGGUGAAUUAGGGAUUUAAAUAUCCCUCUCUAGGCUCUGAUUGGUCAGAGGGUGACCUCUGACCCCAGAACGUGCGUGUGCGUUGACGUCGUGAAGUCACGCGCACGCUCGUAUAAUUUUGGGGGGGUGGAGCCAUGGAUGGACACGACCUCAUGGUCUCAUCUUGGAUUUCCCCGAGCAGCGUGGAGGAGCGGUUCCCGGCUCGCCGCUGAGCAGGUAAGGUCAGUGAGUUGGUGUGGUCGUGCUGGUCAGGCACGGACGCACAUGGCAGCGAGCCGGGAGCCAUGACAGGUGCAGACUAAUCGAGACUGGACUCGCACCUCUCCUGCCACAAUAGGCUGCACUCUCCUGUUGAAAGACAUCUUUAAUCUUUUCUCUAGGCCUGCCCAAAGCGACAUAUUAUAUAUAUAUAUAUGUGUGUAUAUAUAUAUAUAUGUGUGUAUGUGUGUGUAUAUAUAUAUAUAUAUAUAUAUAUAUUAUGGAAUCUAGAAUUCAAUAGGAUUCAAAUCUUGGAGUUAAAAGAAUAAUUGUAUUCUGGAAAAUACAGUAUGUCCUUUCAGUUGAACCACUAGCAAAUUUCACGUGUUUCUCUAGUGGAAAAAAAUUGUAGGCACAUAAUACCUGAAUGUGUGUGUUUUUCAGAUAUCUCCAGAGAAUAGUCAGCCACCCAACGCUUUUACAAGAUCCAGAAGUUCGGGAGUUUCUGGAAAAGGAAGAGGUAAUAGUACCUGUUCAUAAAAGGACUGUCAGGGCUUUUCACGAAUGUGUAGAAGUAGGAAAUCUCCAAUUUCAGGGUGGAAUAACCACAUUUAAAAAAAAACUUAAGCUAUGUUUUAAGUUUGCAUGUUUUUGCCUUAAAUUUGAAAUUCACUUCCUGACAUUUUAGACUUUAGUGAAUAACUCUGUUUCCAAGUAUAUAUGCUGACAUAACUUACAACAUAUGCCUUUAGUAAAUAAUUUGAUAUUAUUGUUAUCAUACUUAAAGGGACACUAGGCUGUUAAUGAUUCCCCCUCCCUCCCUGAUAUACAGGUAAUGAAUUAAAAUGUGACUAAAUAGUAACAUUUUAUGUUAAUGCAACUCCUGUAGUAGACCAGUCAGUCUUUUCUCUUUUAUGCCUAUGGCAAGUUAUCUCAUUCCAAUUCAGGGACUUGUUCAGUGUGUUCCCUAACGGUAUGUACAUGCUAUUUCAAUUAUUGUGCGAAGGAUGUGAGGUAAGACAUCACUAUACAAGAAUUGGGACUUCUUACACUAUAACCUUUUCAUUGAGUAAAAACUGAUCAGAGCCAAGGCGUUAGAUGAUUUCAGAUUUAAUCUUGUGUGUUUUCUCCACUGUUUUAUUGCUGUGGCGAUGUGGCAUUUUUAGUUGGGAGCAAAGAUCAGGUAUAGAAUUUGGUGAUGAUAAUCUUCAUAUCUUUGUAGUAUGUAGGUAUUCACAUUGGCUAUAAGAUGGUCAUAAGCCUUGCUAGAGGCCUGUAGCUUUUAAAGGGAAACUAUCGUUGUUUUCCUAGCACAAUAGUUCACUAUAGUGCCCCCCUGUCAGCCGGCGGGGGGACAUAAUGCGCAUGCGAGGAGUGACAUGCUCACAUUAGGACUUCCCCUAUAGGUUGGGUGACGCUGGAUGUCUUCAUGCAUAGCGUGAGGAUGUCCAGCGUCAGGCGACCAAACCUUCAAGAGAUCCCUCUAGUGGACAACCUUUAGAGGUAUUAACCCUGACAGGUACUUAUUAGUGUCCCUUUGGGGCCAGAUGGACCAUCAAAUUUAGGUCUGGAGUUCAGAUGUCAUGAGACUGAGACUGAGACAGAAGACAGAUACCAGACUGUAAUGAGAGACAAGUAUUGUCAUGUUUGAAAGUGAACCCAUUUAUUUAUUAUACAUGAGUUUUAAUGUACAGAUGAUUGCUACAAAACUAAAUUAAUAGCAAUGAGUGCAUAAAUAAGGAUAGGUUAGAUUUUGGAGGCAUUCAGAUGAAAGCCUGAUUAAUCUCAGACACCUGAGAGACUCUUUUCAUCAUGGCUUGUAAAGGCACACCCCAUUUUAUUAUCAAUUUGGAUUUGUACCCUGAACUGAAGUCUUGUGCUCUGUUAGAUCAUUAACAAGAGUAUGUAUGUGCAUAAUUAGUUUUUUAUUUGUAAUUAUUUUUUUGUGCUUCCUUUUUAAAAAAAUCUUUUUACCAUUCAUUAUUCAUUUGAUAGAUAUUUGUUGCUAAAUGAAUAGGCCCAGACAAGUAUAUUUGAUAUGAUUUAAUUUUUGUAAAAUGCUGUUAAUUUCCUUCUCGUAGCUUCCCCGUGCUGUCAAUACCCAGACGCUAAGUGGAGCAGGACUUCUCAAGAUGUUUAACAGGGCCACUGAUGCUGUGAACAAAAUGACCAUCAAAAUGAACGAGUCCGAUGUUGUAAGUAUUUUCUCUAUACAUUUAUACAGCUUUUAUUGGAAGUGUUUUGUAUCUGCUCUGUCCAUCUGCCUGUUUUUUUUUUUGCAGCAUGCUCUUUGGGCUUAAUCACUGAAUUCUAGUAAAAACGUCAUAAAGCCAGCCAGUCUAAACUCGAAAUUCCAACUGAUUAGAUCCCUACAUUUCCAUUUUUCAGGGACCUGCCUAAUGAUCAGCACUGAAGUUGAGAAAUAUUUUUGAUCUGAUAACACAUAGACAAGCUUCGAUGAGAGAGCAGCAUUAUUAAAUAGUAAACAGUACGUUUUUUUGCAACAAGAACAGAGAAUGAGAAUUUUGAUAAUGAGCAAAAGCUCAGAGAAACCUCGGUAGCUAGCCCUUUGGUUAGUCCCCAUUCACCUCUCAAAAAUGUUUUUGCUGACGUGCCAUUACAGAGAAGAGCGCCUUUACCAUUUGCAUGUCAGACUGAUUCCGCCCAUAAAGGCAGUCCAGAUCCGAAAUUCUGGCAAGCUCAGUCUGCUCAAGAGAUACAGCAACCCCAGGCAACCUUGUCAUAUUUUAUUUAAAGUGUUACUGCUGUGUUCUGUGUUAAUGUAAUUAGGGUGUUGGUAAAUGUUUAUAUGUAAGAUAGAUAUAUAUAAAUAAUUUUUUAAUCUUUUUUUAUUAAUUUUUUACCUAUAUUAGUGGUUCGAGGACAAGCUGCUGGAGGUGGAGAACGAAGAGCAGCAUUUGCGCAAGCUGCAUGCAGUGGUCGAGACUCUAGUGAACCACAGAAAAGGUAAAUAGUGCCGAAAAUCUCUCUGUUGUCCAUAGGUGAUACCACUCAGAGUGGGAUUUGUUUCUUUCCCCCAACCUGUUUUUCCUUUUUCAUCUAUACUUAUGCCCUUUUAUUAUUUUCUCUUAAAUUGUGAAAACCGUAUUGUUGGGGUGAUAUACCUUGCUGCCUGGGUUGUUAGUAUUUUCACCUGACACAAAAGAGAAAGAAACGAUAACUGGAACAAAGUCAUGUAGCUGCCAAAUAAAAUAAAAGUGAAACUGAGAUGAGGGGGAUUCUUUUAGCAUAGCCAGUGCAAGGGCCGCAUAUUACUUGUACUAGGUACAUAGAAUAUCUUGUAAAAGAUUACACUCGCUACUCCUGUAUUGUUCUUUUGUUUUUUAUUCAAUAAAAUGUAAGCUGAUAUAGCUUUGUGUUAUAUAUAAAAUGCACCGGGCAUUAAGAAUUUAACCAGGAGUGCAAGCCCUAGUUAUAUAUCAUUUCAGCACAACUAAAAAAAAUUAAAUAACAUUAUUGAACCAGUAUGAACGCAGAUUUAUAAGCUAAACAUUUUAUCAUAAAAAAUAUUGGCUGCUUAAUAUAUUGGUGGCUAUAUACUAGCUCCCAAAUCUGAGGUUGAAAUCACCUUGGAAACGCAGCAUGGGAACAAGAAGUUUCACUUAAUAACAUUUGGAUUUAUUACCAUUAUUAUAUUUUGUAAAGUGUUGCAUGUUGUGUUUUUUAAAUGGAUCUGUUCUCAGUUGAGAUUUUAUUUGCCACAUUUAUCUCACCCUUCUUAAUACAUUGUGCAGCCUGUAAUUUCCCAAAACCCUAAAAUAAUCGAAUAAAGAUAACUGCUGCACUUAUCAAAUUUACUGGUGUCUCCUGCCUAAUGACUGCAGUCAGAACUUCUAGAACACUGUGCAUUGUACUUAAAUUAUUCACAGCAGUAAAAAGCAGCAUUAACUCUAUUUUAAAUUAAAAACGGUUGAAGUUUAGAAAACAUUCCAGUGUCCACUUUUUAAUUGCAGAAUUGGCUCUGAACACUGCCCAGUUCUCGAAGAGUCUCGCCAUGCUUGGCAGCUCUGAGGAUAACACUGCCCUAUCGAGAGCCCUUUCCCAGCUUGCCGAAGUGGAGGAGAAGAUAGAACAACUCCAUCAGGAGCAAGCCAACAGUGACUUCUUCCUGCUGGCUGAGCUGCUGGCUGAUUACAUCCGCCUACUUUCUGCUGUCAGGGUGAGUUCUGUUUUGGAAAGGGCACAACUGGUCUUGUGAACCUUGGCCGCCUUUAGGAACCUUAAGAUUGUAUAUUGUUACUAAUGCUUCUAUUCGUGCGUAGCUUUGAAUUAUUUCUCAUUCUUGUAAAUGAUUUCCCAUAUUUAUACUAAAGAAGAUGUCAGUCACUGAGUACAUUAGAAACAUAGAAUGUGGCGGCAUAUAAGAACCAUUCGGCCCAUCUAGUCUGCCCAAUCCUCCAAACACUUUCACUAGUCCCUGGCCCUAUCCUAUAGCUAGGAUAGCCUUAUGCCUAUCCCACUUAUUAUAUAUUAGCUAUGUGUGUAUCAGUUUCUUUGCAUGUAGUAACAGAGUACGGGGGUGCUUAAAUGGAUACUACAGUGCCAGGAAUACAAAGCUGGGAUAAGUAUAAUAAAUAACCCCUUUACUCACCUUUUUUCCAGUGCCGAGAUUCGGUCCAUGCAGCCGCCUGCUCUGCCUCCUGUUUCGUUUUCUCUCAAUUCGACUUCUACUAAUCUGAUAUUUCUUUGUCAUAGAGAAAGUAUUGAAUCCAGUGCUUGUCUAUGACAACUAUACAUUGCUCUAUAUGCCUCAGACAUCUUGCACUUUUCACGAAUGUAACCUUCUCUGUAUACUCUCCUCUUGGGUCGAUUUACAAGGCUAGAGGGCUGGCGUGUAGGCGGUCAGUGUUAAAUCACUCACAGCUGAGGGGUGCAGCACACUAUUUUAUAGUGCCAGUAUAGGAAUUUAAGUCCCUUAUAUAGCUGUAUGUAUACUAGUGUGCAUUAUACAUGUCUACAUACUCCCUGAAUACCCUACCUGUGUGUACCAUAUCUUUCUCUUAGGAUGUGUGUUUUAAAACUUUUUUUUUUUUCUGCAAUAGGGGAUUAAAGAUGAGGGGGCUCCGCCUUGCUUUUAACACUUGUUUACCAUUUACACACACUGCUAUUUAGUAACUUGCUAUGUUUAGACAGGACAAUACAUUCUAUGGCACUGUAUGUAGUACCACCUUUUAUUUUCUGUCCUUCCUUUAAAAUUUAGGGAUCUUGUUAUUACCAGGUUGGACAGGCAAGGAAUUAGCCCACACUUUUAUUUAUUUUUGGUUAAUAAACAUCAGGGUUAAUCCCUUAGACAGUCCUGAUCUCUCUGCCUGGCAAGUUGGAUCCUUAGUUUCUUAGCACUCUUUUUUGUAGUACUGCUCUAUGAGAAGCAUUGAUUAAACGUUCAACGUCCUCAAACAAUGCAUACAAACGAACAUCAUAAACCAAAUCUAUGUUCUCAUAGCGGAAGUGCCAUCUAGUGGCUGUCAGUGUAACAGCCACUAGAGGUGUGUUUAGUCUCGCAAUGUAUCUCGAAAAUGGCAAUAAUUUACAUUUUGGGAAUAAAGUGCCAGGAGCACGGCACCCGGACCACUUCAUUGAGACAAAGUGGUCUGGGUUCCUUGAGUGUAACUUAAUUUAAGAGGUUAAUUAUCCAUGAUGAAUCUAUAUAAUUGUCAGUGUAUGCAAAUUUAGAAAUGGCUGGCAAACAGUUAUACGUUCUAAAUGGAACAUUAAAAGAGCUUGUGGUGGGAGAAAAAGAACAAUCUGUAUGACUUGUACGUAGUAUCGACCGUGACCUUUUCCUUUGUGUUUUCUUUUUCUUUUCUCCAAUCUUACCAUACUAAUAAUCUUAAUAACUAGAUGGCCACUGCUGUGGAAAAACUGUGUACUGUCUACAGCAUUUUAGUCAUCAGUAUUUUAAUUUAAUUUGAACUCGAUAGAUUGGAGUCAUCGUCCCCACUCCCCCAACCUUAAUUACUAUGUACAGAAUUCCGGUAUCCACAAAAGUGAACACAGCGGAAGGUUUAGAGAGAAUAAGAACAAUAAAUCUAUUAGCUCUGAAACUGGAAAAAAGGAUUUCACCCAGUCCUAUAAAAAUAGUUGAAAGAAUGCACCAUAGAGUGUAAGUAUCCAGGAGCUAAAUCAGUAGAAGUAGAUAAAUAUGUAUCUAGAGAUAGGUAUAAUCUUAAAGAAAGAAAUUAGUGGUGGAAUAAAAGACAGGAAAUCGCUUAAAUAAAUCAAAGUUAUUGAUCUUAAUAAAUAUUCAGUCCAAUAAAAGAGUCCAUAAUUCAGCUGAUAAUCCCAAAUAGUUGAAGACUACAUUGGAAUCCACAUAGCGUAUUCGAUCAUAAGUAACCUAGACCCUGCUUGCGAGAACAAUGCAGGGUUAAUAGUAAUUAUGACUUAAUAUACUUUUAUGGAUAAAAGAUGAAGUAAUAGUCCAGAUAUUUAAACCAGAGCAAAUAAGUACAAGGAACGAAUUGCUUGAAAGCUUGAAUUAGUGAUAUCACAGUUCUUUGAAGAGUAGUCACUUGAAAAAAGGGGUUGAUUGAUAAAACAGUGAAUUUAUGGUACUAAAUAAUACAUUCAAAUAUAAAAAAUGAUAAGAAACUGAGGUAGGUAGGUAGUUUAUUAGAAACCAUGUAAAAAAUAACGAUAAAACCUGCAGUCCAGACCCGGAUGGAUAUGGAUUGUCUUUGUAGUUAUCCUCUUCUGUAUCUUAGUAGCCUGAGAGGAUGGCGUUUGAGUUACUGUCUGCUUCACCUCCGACCUCACAUCCAGGGGUGAGCUGCAGUUUCACAAGAAGAUACAGAUGCCGGGUCCGGAUUGAUCAGCAGGAGUGCUCGUGACCGGAUUUCCACUUGCUGUUCCUCCUCUCAGUCCUCGCCGUAUUAUUAUUUAGUACCAUAAUAAAUUCACUGAUUUAUCAAUCAACCCCUUUUUUCAAGUUACUACUCUUCAAAGAACUGUGAUAAUAUCACUAAUUCAAGCUUUCAAGCUUUUGAGCAAUUAGUUCCUUGUACUUAUUUGCUCUGGUUUAUAUACCUGGACUAUUACUUCAUCUUUUAUUCAUAAAAGUAUAUUAAGUCAUAAGUACUAUUAACCCUGUGUUGUCCUCGCAAGCAGGGUCUAGGUUACUUAUGCUAUAAAUACCGUCCUUAUGAUCUAAUACGCUAUGUGGAUUCCAAUGUAAUCUUCAACUAUUUGGGACUAUCAGUUGAAUUCUGGACUCUUUUAUUGGACUGAGUAUUUAUUAAGCUCAAUACCAUUGUGAUUAAUUUCCUGUCUUUUAAUUACUACGUAACUAUAAUUUGUGUCCUUUUUUUUUUUUUUCUUUCAAAGCACAAACAUCCACUCUGUGGGGUUCACGUUUGUUUGAAAAUAGCUUAUCUGGAAUCAAUCCAUCCUCAAAUUUCAGCAUUUAAACAUGUUGGUGACUUCGGCUUGGUUUUAACAAUCCUGCAAGUUUUCUCCUAUCUUGAAAGUUCAGUUUUGUUUGGGUUUUAUUUAGUUAUUUAUUUAGUAAGUUGCAAACCUGCAAAAAUAAAUCAUGAGUAAAAUAUUCUCACUGUUUUGUCCAUACAAUGAUGUAAGCUCUUACAUUUCUAAUUUGUGGUUUGGAUUACCAAUAGAUGCUUUAAUUAGUUGUUUAGUUGGUAGAAUAAUGUAUAAAAACUGUUCCAGUUAGCUUCUCCUAAUUCUAUUUCGGAUAGAAUUUCACUGUCCCUGACCUGCACCAGCUCAGAACAAUGAAGCAAGUGUUUUGGGUUUUGUAUUGUUUUACCUUUCGAAAUCCUUUUCCUCCUAAGCUGAUAAUUUCAGUGUAGUUAGUCCAGCCUUUUCCUUUUUCUCACUGGCUUCCCAUCUCUUGCAUGACUGAACAUGGAAAUUGAUUUUGUGAGGUUGUUUCCCAGACAUGAAAACUAUGAAUUGCAAUGAACAGUAGUUUAACUUCCUCUAUGGGUGCUGUACGGUUCUUCGAGGCCGAGAUGAGUUGUAGUAGUGGGUUGAAAACAGAUGGGGUAUUUGUUGGAAGCACCGACCAUAGGCCGAGUGCCACUUUUAGCCAUUGCAUUGUUUUUUACCUGAACAAUAUUUUUAGAUCCAGAAUAAAUAGGCAUGUUGUGAAUGCACAUCCCUGUCUAAAUCCGGUCUUUGAACACCAAUGCUGUUUAGGCACACAGGGCCACCCUAGCCCUUGUUAUGUUUUUGUUAUGGGGCAAGGAUGACCCUUCCUGACACUUUGUCCCUUCACUUAGUAUCCUGAAACUGCAACAAUUUCCAAAUCUCACUGCAACUCUAAGCACACCUUACCGAAGUAAGCUCUAUUCCCCCUUUAUUAUAAUACUGCGUAGGAUGCUUUAGAACAGUCUGACGUCCUCAUAACAUGAAUACAACAAGGUACCAGUAACCAUGGUAACAUGAUAGCGUUGUCCGCUCUUUACAUGCUGCAAAUAUCACUUUCCACCCUAUCCCAAAGGUGCUCUGUUUGAUUGAGAUCUGAUGAGUACACUGAUCUCAUUGUAAUGUUUGUGGAACUUGCAUGCGAUGACUUUACUUUGUGACAUGCUGUGUUAUCCUGCCUGAACUAACCAUUAGAAGGUUAGUAGACUGUGGCUGUAAGCGGGGAACACAUUCAGCAACAAAAUCGGGCAGUGGCAUGCAAAAACAUGCUUAGAUGGUAUUAUAACUGAAUUCACUGCUUUGGAAGUGACACUUUGAGGGUUAUUUGUAAAAAGUGUUCUGUUCAGAAAUAAUUUAAUAAAGUAAUAAGUGGGGCAAUCACCAUGGAAAUUGCUGGAACAAGCAGGCACAUCGCUUUGGUGACACUGCCUCUUUCCCAUGCUUGAAACACUUUUUAACAUAUCUUAUGAUAUUUACUUACUCAUUCUUCUCUGGCCUCUCUAAAUAACAUGGCUGUUUCACAGAUAGAACUGGGGUUCUGCUGUUUUUGUAUUUUACACUAUUCUUCGUAAGCUUCAGAUAUCACCGAUAAUCCGAGGAAAUCUGCAGUUUCUCAGACCCUAAAACUACGAGUCCUGGCACCAAAUUCCAUGGUCAAGGUCUGAUAGACAUUUCUUCCCCAUUCUAAUGUUUGGUUUUAACAUCAGCUGACCAUUUUGAUCAUAAUUUCAUUAUUUUCUGCCACAUGAUUGGCUGGUGGUAAUUGCACUAAUGAUCAGAGCUAUAGGUGGACCAAAUUAAAAGGCUUAACUGAAUAUAUACAUCAUGAAAAAUAGCGUUUGCUUUGUGUGGGAAAGAUCCUCAUUAGAACUCCUUUAACCCGGAGUCAACAUAUUUUGCAUUCUAGGAUUAUAAAUGUAUACACUAAUAUAAGUACCCACAAACACACAGAAUGUUGUCCUGUGAUCAAUCUCCCGCUGCUAUUGGGCUGCAAUGGCUUUAUCAUCAGCAAAAAUGUAUAAACAAAACCAAUGUCAAGUAAAGUGUAAGCUCACCUGCCAACAUCUGGUGUGUGCUGUCAAAAAGGCAAAUUUCUGAGACUAAAGUGAAUACUGAAUCCGUUCUUGCAUGAUAUUACUUUUUACCAUGUCUGUAUUUGUGUUUUCUUUUGGGGGUUAUAUUUACCAUUUCGGUGGCUUUUUUGUGAAGAAGAUGGAACAUUCAUAUUUUACACAUUUUUUUCCCACAGACUAAUCUUUAUUACACUUAUUUUCUGUUUUAUGCUUUUUUUUUUGCCCACCAGAAUCCUUAUAGGCAAAUAAUGAACUUGGAAUUUGUAAUGAUCUUCCUAUAUUAAAUUAAUGUAUCCUUACAACCAAUCAUCUUAUAUUGUAAUGUUUUCAUUUGCUUCGAAAUAGAAACUAUGGUUUACAAGCAUUCUCUGCUUCUCUGGAAGCUCUAUUGGCAGUAAAUCGGUUACAUGCCAUAUGACUACUGUGUUUGUAUUAUUACAGGGAGUAUUUGACCAACGCAUGAAAAUAUGGCAGAAGUGGCAGGAUGGCCAGGCCAAUCUACAGAAGAAAAGAGAGACUGAAGCGAGGCUGCUGUGGGCUAACAAACCAGACAAGCUGCAGCAGGCAAAGGACGAAAUUUCAGAGGUAAUGGUCAUGAUAGAAUGAUAGGUUUGUGAGUGCACAGGAAUGGCAAAAUAAUAGGUGGGGCGAACAGGAAUGGUAGAAUGAUAGAGGUAUUACCAAGCUGAAAUGGUAGAAUGCUAAGAGGUGCGCGUGAGCCGAAAUGGUAAAAUGGUAGAGGUAUGGCCAAACAGGAAUGGUAGAAUGGCAGAGAUAUGGCCAAGCAGUAAUGGUAGAGGUUUGGGUGAGCAGAAAUGGUAGAAUGAUGGAGGUGUGACCAAGCAGUAAUGGUAGAAUGAUGGAGGUAUGACCAAGCAGUAAUGGUAGAAUGAUGGAGGUAUGACCAAGCAGUAAUGGUAGAAUGAUGGAGGUAUGACCAAGCAGUAAUGGUAGAAUGAUGGAGGUAUGGCCAAGCAGUAAUGGUAGAAUGAUGGAGGUAUGGCCAAGCAGUAAUGGUAGAAUGAUGGAGGUAUGACCAAGCAGGAAUGGUAGAAUGAUGGAGGUAUGACCAAGCAAAAUAUAUUAGAAUAAUAAGAGGUGUGUGCGAGCAGGCAUUAUGAGUUUGAGCAAGAUUCAGUUUAGAGUGGGUUUAUGGGCAAUGUAUUACUUUGUAGCAUUUGGUUAACAGAAUAAAUAUUUAGGGGGUUGUGGUAAAUCAUAUAUAAGCUGUAUGUAAGGUAGAAUUAUAGAUUAAUUGUUGGAGAUGUUAAUAACUUGAGUUUGGUAAUUAUUAGGAGUUUUGUGGACAAUUAAAAUACUAUGUAAAUGCUUUCCCUAUACCAAGCAGUUUGUAAAUUUGGCACUGGAUGAUUUGGGGCAGUUCUUCCUCUUCCAGAGUAAAGUUGUAGUGAAAGCCUCCCCUCAAAUUAAUCCAAUACCAUUGAGUGAUUAUUGAAAAUAGGAAAAUCAGUAAGUGUGAGGGAUUAGGGAACAGGAUGAAGGCUUAAGGUUACUAUGAAAGAUAAAAAGUAUAUGGUGGCUUUAGUGUGAGGCAAUAGACGUUUUGUGAGAUCUGACCUUUUAUAAUUUUUAAUUUUGGUCGCCAUGGUGACAUGCCUGCUUUGGUAUCAAAAAUCCACAGACUGCCUUCUAUGGGGGAAGAAUUCUCCACUCCAGGGCUCCCACCAGUCUUCCUGGGUUACAUAUUACUAUGAUCAACACAAUCAGUUAUCACAAAAACUGUCAUUUUGCUGCAUUAUUUGUUUGCUGAAUGGAAGGUUUUUACUAGGUGUUAUUCACGGUCUCCCACCUUAUCCCUCCCCCAUUGCUUUGUGUCCUAUUAGUGGGAAUCCAGAGUGACGCAGUAUGAGAGGGAUUUUGAAAGGAUUUCCACAACUGUACGAAAGGAGGUGGCACGGUUUGAGGUUAGUACCUGAAUGUCACUGUAAAUAAGGCGAUCUUUCUUACCAAAACAGGUCAUGUUUCAUUUGUUUCUGUCUUUUAUUCAAUUAAAACUCUGCUGGCAUAAUUCCUGAUAGUAUUUUCUUGUUCAGACUGGCACGUCUGAUUUAUGGCUUGAACUCUAGGUGCUUAAUGAGCAACAUUCUGAGAGUCAGGCCUAUUACUGGCACAUAUACAGAAUGUAUAUAUUAAAGUAACAUACAAGUAGAAAACACACACACAAAGGGUUAUUUUCUGAAGUGUGAAAUGUCAUAAAUUUAAAAUUAAUUUUUAAAUGUCACUCCACAAUAUCAGAACUGAAAGCUCGGCUGCUUUGAGGAACUUUCACCAUUUGGAUUUUGUGGCCUUACAUUUAAAAUUAAUUUAGAAUUCCUAAAAAUUCACAUGUUGGUGAAUAAUUCAUAGAAUAGAAUGUUUGCCUGUGGAAGUCACAUGAGUUUUGUGAAAGCAGAAUGGCAAAGAUCAUUAUAAAUUGUACACUGUUGGUUCUGCCAGGCUCCUCCCCCGUCGAUGUAAGCUGGCGAGGGAGAUCUAAUGCACAGCAAUGGCUGCGUGCACAUUUGACCUCCCCAUUGGAAAGCAUUAUUCAGUGCUUUUCUAUGAGGAAGAUUUGACGUUCGAGGUCCGCGAGGACGUCCAGCGUCAGAUUACGGACCAAAUGUCUGUCUGGAUUCCGGAAGUCCGGUAGUGGCUGUCUGAUAGACAGCCACAGAGGGCAGACUUAGAGCUGCAGUGUUUUACAUUGCAGCAGUUAGUGCAAAAGGUCACAGCACCUAGACUACUUUAAUUAGUUGAAGUGGUCUGGGUGCCUACAGUGUCUCUAUUGUCUAAAAAAUAACAGCUGCAAUAUGGCUGUUAUCGGUUUAUAUGCAUUUCCGAUGUCAUAAGGUCACCAUUAGCCAACCUGGAACAAAAGUUCUGGGCUGGCUAAUGUCUGUUCUGUAUAUAUUUAUAUGCACAGAAUAUUAUUUAUUGGCUGAGAGAAGCCAAUAAACGGUUACAGGAUCGGCUCUGCAGAAACUGCAUACAUGUCAACACAAAAGCAAGGCGGCUUGGUUCAGCAGGGAACCAGGUAACGGUUUGCACAUUACAGUGGAACAGGGAUGCUGUAGUCCUCACAUCAUAACCAUCACAGCAUGUUAUGAGGCUUGGAGUAACUCUUUAAAGAGAUGCCUGCAACUGCUGACUGAUCCACUGAGCCUUGAACUAAGAGGCAAUUUGUUUUUAUUUAUUUAUCUGUUUCUUCUUUUUUAUUUUAUUAAUUAGAAUGUGCUCCUCUGUAUAAUGUAUUAAACCUAUGGUGUCCGUUUUGUUAUGUAGACAGUCUCUUUAAAAUAGGUUGUUUUUUUUGUUUUUUUGUUUUUUUUAUAUCGUAGACCUGCAACUUAUUCCAGCAUGUGGUUGUCAGUUCACACACAUGGACUCACCUAUGUCAGAACAUGAGCAAUGAGACUCAGACCUGUUACUAACAAAAGAGGAAUUUAAAUUCUAAAAUUUGACAAAUUAUACACUAUUUCCAGUACAGUAUAGUACCACAAAGACCAGAACAUGAAGUAUAACUCACUAAGCAUCCUCUUUCUUUGUCAGAUCUCCAUUUUAAUAACACUUCUGAAACUUUUCAUAAUUCAGGGCUGUGAUCGGCAGAGCCCAGGACUACUGUAAUGAAGCUGCACAGCAGGAGUCAUUUAUAAGAACAGUUCCACUUGUUACAUUGGACGAGAGGAGCUUCUUUGUAAAUAGAUAGGCACCAUACUGUGACCGCUAUCUGUUUACACAUCGCCUGUUUAGCACAGAGUGAAAUCUUAACGAUCCUGGAACAGGCAAUGUUUCUGGGUCCUUGCACCAUAACCAAUUCAAAACAAAUAUGUAAGGUAUAUAUUUUUUAAAAAGUCACAGUAGCCAAUCAGAAUCUCUAGUUUCCCCAGCAACACCCAGCAUGUUACCGUUUAACUCCUUAAUUUAUUUUAUAAUAACAAUAAAUCGGUAUUUUAAAAGUACAAUAUAUAAAUGCUACCUGAUGGCAUUGACAUGUGACUUGGCUCAUAGAGAUCAAAUGUUUAAGGGCAGGAUUGGUAGGAUGAGCUAAGCCUAUAGCAACUUAAAACUCUACUCUCUUGUGCAGCCAUUGGAGUUUACAUGUAAUUCCAUAUUAUGUGUCCAAGAAAUGAAUAAAACCAUUUUGUCUGCUUGUAAAAUCAAGUCUUUGACGAUGUGUGUUUAUAACUCUAUUUUUCCUGCAUGGGUAUUUUCUCUACUCUUAUCUGCUGCUGUUCAUCUGAUGUAUAUUCCCUUUAUCAGAGCUCGGGGGUACCUCCCUGUCUCUACUAUUUUAUGUGUGUAAAAUUUUACUGAAAAUAUCACAAAUUAUUAACACUUUACAGAAACCUCCAAGAUCCUUUAGCAGCUUGUCCUGACUUAGGAGUUUUCUGGUGUACAAACUUUGGGAUAUGAAUGUGUCUUUUACUUGUAUCCUAUAAUAUUUAGUGAAUCAACAGCAACAGUUCUAACUCUACCUACUGAAACUGGGUGUAAGUUACAAAAUGUGUUUCUAAUGCAUUUGUAAAACAGUAAAAAAAAUUAGAUUAUAUUCUGUCCAAUAAAUGUCCUCUCAAAUACCUCACAAAUAUGAGCAGGGAAGCACUGCUGACACAAAAUAUAAUAGAAUAUUUUGUGAACACAGACUCAAACAGUAAUUUAGUGAACACAUCCUAAACACACAAAAUAGAUAAUGGCAAAAAACAGACCAAGGUCAGUCAUUGAGUGCAACUGUAAAAAUAAAAAUCCCUCUAAACUCCAACAGUAUACUGUGUAAUGGAGGACCUGCUUGUAAUUUUGAAUAGCAUACGAUGUGCUGGGUGACAUCACUUUGUGCAUCAAAAGAAUACACCAUGCAGGAGUUAAGUAAUCUCAGAGUCAGUAUAACCCCCUCUCGAGAAAUGGUGGCAGGUUUACAUCUGUAUUAUCCAGCGGGUAUCUGGCAUUAAUUAUAAUCCCAUCACCGUAUAUAUAAAUUACUGAUUUGCUUUUUUUUUUGUGAAUGGUUUAUUUUUAUUUUUUAUUUUUUUUUUUUUCUUCUACUUUUCCUAGAAAGAGAAAUCAAAGGAUUUUAAAAGUCACAUAGUUAAAUAUCUGGAAACACUCCUGAACGCACAGCACAAGGUGAGCUGCCUAUGUUACAUUGUAUGUUAUCGUUUUAACUGGGCAAAACCCCUUUCAAAGACAAAUGUUUAAACCGGGCCUUGUAUAAGUGGGCUACUCCCUGCCUUUCACAUUAAAGCUGGGAAAAGCAUUUUGAUCACCCCUGUUGUAAACUAUAUGGAUCUGUAGAAUAAACUUAAAUUUCUGUGUUUAUUUAUCUUCAAGCUAAAAUAGUGGAGCUGCAGGUUUAUUUUUUCAGCCCUGUUGUGAUCUUACAGCCAAUUUGUCGGUUUGCUUUUUGUCAAUGUGGCAUGGGGGAUGGGGUUGAUAAUCUGGGGCUCUCUUCUAAACUUGUAGUAUUGGAGGUGGGCGAUUGAGCCGUGGAGGUGAAAAAUACAGAGGCACACUUUGUGAUCCGCAAUUUACAUGUCAAUAUUUUCUUUUUUUUCUUCCAGCUGGUUAAGUAUUGGGAAGCAUUUUUACCAGAAGCGAAAGUUAUAUCCUAAUGGUCACAGGUGGAAUUACAGCCCGGACAGACCUAUGUCUUUUCUGCCACGUCUGUUUUGUUCGUUUUAAUGUAUAUGCAUUUAUAUUCUACCCAUUGCCUUUUAAAAACUCUCUCUGCCUUCCAAUACAUGUGAUUUUCUGGGAGGUACUUCCCUUUAAACCAAUUCUGUGCUGCACGGCAAGAUGCAAACUUCAGGUUCUUUUGGCAUCAGAAGGGUUGACCAAUAAUAUAGACUAUACUUAUUAUUUUUCUUUUUAUUCUUUUUAAUGGUCAAAUGGGAGAUCAUGCUGGGUCAAGUUCAGAGCUACGUGCAGGCUUGGGUAAAACUCUGACGCUGACCUUUUAGUCACAGUGCACGGAAGUCACAUAUACAUCUGUUACCUUUCCAUGUGUAUAUUUUCUGUUUAACUUCCACAUAUAUUUUCUUAUUAAAACUGCAGUUUAGAGCUUUCAGCAAAUGAGAAAAAGUUACAAAGACAAAAAAAAAAAAAAUAAUAAAAAAUAUAACUACUAGCUAAGUGGGCAUUUCUGGGGAGGGUUUAUUAAGUAAAUUUAUAAUGUAUAUUUUUUUUGGGCUGUGAUACAAAGAAUGGAGUAUUUCUAUUCUGGGAGAACCACACAAUUAUUCAAUAAAAUGGUUUGUUAAAAUAAAGUUGCUCACAUUCUGUGUUUUUUAUUUGUCAUCAAAAG